CUUUUGGUGGCUACAGGCGGAGGUUAUGCGGGGUACAAGCAAUAUGAGAAUUAUAAGGAGAAUCAGCUCAGAAAGUUGGGUGUAGAGCCACCCCCCAAAAUCGCAAGUGAUUGGGAGCUGAGACCGUCCUAAGAGGGCAAGAGGCAGGGGCAGAUCGAAGGAGGGAAGACCAGCAGCCUGCAGCGGCGGCAGGGGAAAUUGAGAGCCGUGACAUCGCACCUUUCCCUCUUGUGCCCAGAAGUGAGUGAGGGAAAGAGAGGCAGAAGAGAGGAGGAAGGAAGAGAAAGAUUGAGAGAAAGAGGACGAUGUGUCAGUCAAGCGCCCUGCAGGGACCAGAGCUGCAUUCAGGGAAAUGGUGAGAUGCUGCAAAGCUUUAUCUAACCCUCCUCGUUCAUGCUGCAACCUCCACAAAGUUAGAAUUCAUGUCCGGAGGCUGAGCUCAGGGAAUGGUGGCAGCAGCGGCAGCUGUGCUGGGGAGCAGCACCCGCAGCUGGAAAAUCCGGGCCCAGGUGGGGGCACCCCAAAUAGGAGAGCCCGUUUCAGGUUGCAAUUUCCCCAGCUGGCCCUGAGGCGGAGGUUGGGCCAGCUGAGCUGUAUGUCUAGGCCCGCUCUGAAACUCCGUUCUUGGCCUCUGACUAUUCUCUAUUACCUUCUGCCUUUUGGUGCUCUUAAACCCUUGACCAGAGUGAGAUGGAGGCCUAUGAGCAGGGUUUCCCUGUACAAAUCUGUGCCAACGCGACUCCUUUCCCGAGCCUGGGGGCGCCUGAACAGUGUUGAGCUGCCCACCUGGCUCCGGAAGCCGAUCCUCAGCCUAUACAUCUGGACGUUUGGUGUCAACAUGAAGGAGGCAGCUGUGGAAGACCUUCACCACUACAGAAACCUUAGUGAGUUCUUCAGGCGUAAGCUAAAGCCCCAAGCCCGACCCGUCUGCGGCAUCCACAGUAUGAUCAGUCCAUCCGAUGGCAAGAUUCUCAGCUUUGGACAAGUGAAGAACUGUGAAGUGGAGCAAGUAAAAGGCAUCACUUACUCACUGGAGUCCUUCCUGGGUCCACGUGCUGAUAAAGAGAACUGUAAAAGCAAGCCAGCCUCCUCAUUCCAAAAGCGGCUGGUAACAAAGGACUGCAAUGAGCUCUAUCACUGUGUGAUUUACCUGGCGCCUGGAGAUUACCACUGCUUCCACUCACCGACCGACUGGAAAGUGUCUCACCGGCGUCACUUCCCAGGCUCCCUGAUGUCUGUGAAUCCAGGGGUUGCUCGCUGGAUCAAAGAACUCUUCUGCCAUAAUGAACGCGUUGUACUCAGUGGCUACUGGAAGCAUGGUUUUUUCUCUCUGACUGCAGUAGGAGCCCAAAAUGUGGGAUCAAUCCGCAUCUAUUUUGAUCAGGAUCUGCGUACAAAUAGCCCCAGCUACAGCAAAGGCUCAUACAAUGACUUCAGCUUCGUAAACAACAACAAUCAUGAGGGCAUCCCCAUGAGGAAGGGAGAACAUUUAGGAGAGUUUAAUCUAGGCUCAACCAUCGUCCUGAUCUUUGAGGCACCGAAGGACUUUAAUUUUUAUCUGAAGCCUGGCCAGAAAAUCCGCUUUGGAGAGGCCUUAGGAUCUCUCUAGAGACUCCACUGCCAGGGGGGCUUUUUAUAUGCAACAGGGACUCAAUUCGUAAAAGGAAAAGUUUCUCUAAGGUGGGAGUAUUGCUCAGCAGGACCUGAGUGAGGAAACUAAAGCCCCCUUGUUCUUAGAACGAGGGGUGCCAGCAGUGCAUUCCCACCAUGAGAGCUGCAGACAUAUCAGGGAUUGUGGCCUUUAAGAAUGUUGACCAGGGUGGCUUUUCUGCUUCUUCCCUGUGCCUGCAGAAAUAGACAUUUCUCCCUAAGAUGCCAUUUUCAGCCUGCUUUUGCACCAAAUGAUGAAGUCUUGGUUGAAAUGCUGCAGGUAGAGGGAGGAAGUAGAGCAGAGAUUCCUGCUUUCAAGGGAUACUGUCAGAUUGACCCAUGCUCCAUAUUUUCUAAUUAUGUCUCUCACCCAGCCGUAUUCUCAAUUUAUGUUUCACACCAGACUGAACAGUCCAAUGCCAAAACCAGGAGACUCAGCAGAGUGGAAUAUAGAAACAUUAAAGAGUUCAUCUGGGUGUGCCAUUGUUUUAGAAACCUCUCUUAUAAAUCUGGUACUAUCCCUUUAAAGCAGAAGUCUGCACUGUAUUUUUAAACCUCAAACACUGUGUCCACAUUCCACAUUUGACUUGAUCUUGUUUUUGUUUUUAGGAAGCCUGUUUUAUUUGUAGCUCGAGCUCACUCUAACCCGGCCAUUCUGUAUUGCUAUUCGGGCCUUAAUCUUUUUUUGUUUUGUAUGGGAAAUAUCUAGUCUCUUGUUAAGCUGGGGACGUGAAAGAAACCCAAUUAAUUUUUUUCCUCUGCAAAGGCAGUGGGAAGUCUCUUGCUGUGGGCAGCAGUGAAAGCCUCUUUCCUCUCCCUGCGCAGCUACUGCCAACUUGCCAGAACCCGAGGACUGGGGGAGAAGAUCCUGUCAGCCCAGGUCUUCCUAAAAAGCAAAAGGAGUAAUCCUCCUUUUCUCAUGUGUGUUAACCAUUUUUCCCACUCUUUGCUG